UAUUUCGAAUGUGGAUUGUGUUUGAGCAUGCUCAUCAAUUGGUCUGUAUAAUGAACCACUACUACUUAUACGGCAUUGAGAUUGAUGAUGGAGGAUAGAACAAUAUUUUCCCAUCAUCAUCAUGAAGAUGGCAAUGGGUGAAAUUUGGCGUUCUGGUCUGCUGUUCGUAUCCAUACACACGGGAUAAAUAAUGUUUUGUUUGAGUUUCAUCAAACAAUCAAAACAACUUUAAGAAUAUUUUUUAUUUUAAAUAACGUAACAAAAAUUUUGACUUUUGAACCCUCGAAAAAACAACGAUUCUAAUUGCAAAACAAAGAUCAAUUGGUUUUAAUUUGUCAAAAUUAUUUCAAUUCAUAUAUGUCCGAUGGUUGACAGGUUGAUCUAUUUGUAUGUGUUUAUCCUGAUGAUGACAAUGACCAUCAUCUGAAUUGAGUUUAUUGUUGAACACCUUAUUGUAUAAUGACAUUCAAAUUCAACCUAUAAAUAGAAUGUCAGAAAUCUGCCAAUCAUUUUUGUGUCCGAAAUUUUUACAAUCGAUUGUAAUCAUCAUCUUAAUCACCGUUUAAAACAACAAAAACAAAGCAAAAUACACAUCUGUCGCCAUUCAUCUCAAUCAAAGCUGUACAGAAUCAACACUGCAAAAUUAAUGGCAUUUUUGCAAACAUUUCAAAAAAACAAUCAAUCAUCAAAAUAUCAUCGUUGCCCAUCUUAUAAUUGAUUUAUUCAAUUUCAAUCAAUCGUAUUGACGUUAUAUUUAUAUGCACAAUACCAACUCCACUUUAGUUUAGCUCACUAUCUCAAUCUUUAUCAUUUGCCUUAUCACUAUCUAUUUUGACUCAUUAUCAUCAUUCAGAUAAGACCACAAUAAUUGAUCAAAAAACUCGUCAAUUUAAUUGAUUUCAUCAAAAUUACUUAUUAUCCGGUUGUGCAAUUUCGAAUAUCGUAUCUGUAACCAUCGUUUGUUUCCAAUAAUUAUUCGUGUCUCAUCAAUAACAUCCAGAUUUUAUUUGAAUUUAUUCAUUUGAACAUUCGAAAUACGGACACACACGUGUGUGUCUGCAUUAAUUCAUUCAAUCUUUUGCGAACAAACGUGGAAAAAUUCUUUACAAGUUGAUUAUAAAAUGGCCGCUGCAUCUGUGCCAAAAUUUUACAAAUCUGUCAUUGAUGAUGUUAUCGCGUCGAUUCGGGAGGUUUUUCUGGAUGAUGGAAUCGAUGAACAAGUCAUACAGGAAAUGAAACAAACAUGGGAACGUAAAGUAUUGGAAUCGCCUGCUGUUGAACAUGCAUUGCAACAGGCUCAAGCUCAAGCUGCAUCACCAUCGACAACAACUUCGGCAACUGCAACGACAACCAAUACGGCAACGACAACUACAAAUUCUUCAUCAAAAGCAGAAAAGUCAUCGAAAAAUAGUCAUCAGAAAAAAGAUCGUGAGCAGCAACAACAGCAAAGUAAUACCGGUCAAGGUCAGACAACAUCAGUGAUUACAUCGAAUCCAAAUCACGUUCAAAAAAAUGGUGGUAACAGCAAUGCAUCUAAUACCAAAACCUCUAACAAUAUCUCAUCGAAAGUAAUAAAAAAAGAAAUUUCCGAUGAGACUGUGGCUACAACGGCGAUGGCCGCAACCUCGAAAAAACAAACGAUAACCGCUUCUCCUAACACUGUGAUGGUCGCUAAUCAAUUGCAAUCGCAGCAAACUGUUGUAACAACGGUGGCGACACCCACUCUGGUGACUACAUCCGGGCAUCAUCCCCAGCAACAACAACAACAGGCAAUGUUUCGUGCAUCAGCCAUCGUUCAGAAUACGCAUUCAUUACAACAACAACAGCCGCAAUCACAACACGGAUUUAUCGGUAUGGCCACUUCAGCUCCUCCAAAUGGUGGAGCUCAUGCAGGAACGCCAACAUUAUUACAGGUAUCAUCAUCAACUUCCCCAACAAAUUCCUCCUCGUUAACUCAAAAAACAAAUAAACGGCAAACUGGUGGUGGUGGUGGUGGAAAACAUAUUCAACAUACAUUAGCUAGCGGAAUGAUUGUCGGGUCUGUCGAUGGUGGUGGUGGUGGUUCUAGUUACUCCAAUAUUGGUGUAGGCACUAAUGGGCUUGGUAAUAGUGAUGUUGGUGUUAGAGGAUCUUUUAUUUCACCCCUUUCAACUACAACAGCAGCAAACACCUCUUCCUUACAGGGUCAAUCAACAUUUAAGAAUGUCAAUUCAUUAGCGAUAAGCAGUAGCGAUAAUAACUUGAAUAAUAAUAGGCAUCAUAAUAGCGAUACAAUCAAUAGUAGUAAUAAUCAUAAACGUAUAAGAAUGGAUAAUCGUCCAUCUAACAAGCAACGACAAGCCAGCAAUAAUAGUCAAAAAUCGAUUCAUACCUCUCAGCAACAGAAUAAUCUGAAUGAUUUAGCUGAUGCAGCAAUUAUUGCACGAAUGAAUUCCCAAGAUAGUAGCCAUGUUGGUCUUGGUCAUCCUCUGAGCAUUGGUAGUGGACAACAUGGUUAUCCCGUAUCACAAUCUAUACCAUUCAAUUUAUCGACGGGUACAAGUACGAAUCUCUCAUUAAUUCGUCAUGAUCGAGCAGCAGCAACAGAGGCGAAUUCUAAUAACCGUUAUCGUGAACAAAUGCUUCAACAAUAUUAUAUUGAUUCAUUAUUUAAUCAAUCAUCCACAUCGCCAUAUUCAUCCGCAUAUGCUGCUACAUCAUCAAACAAUUCUACUUCCAAUUCCGGACCAUUUGUACAUCGUAAUGCCGGAACAAGCCAUUACAAUAACAUUGUUGGUGGUGGUGGUGGUGGUAGUAAUAAUAAUAUUGGUAUUGGUGGCUUUUCACAUAUGUCAAAUUCUUCACAUAAGGUUGAAGUCAAAUUUCCACCUGGAGUGAUACCUGGCAAAUUUAUAAUGCUACCAAAUAACAUGAAUCAUCCUGGAACAUUCGUUAUUAAUCCUGAGUUAUUAAAUUCAAUCAAUCUUCAACAUGGUAGUAGCAUCAUACAUGCUGCACCUGGUGCACAGCCAGUUUUUCAACAUCAAGGCAUAGCUCCUGGAACCAUUCCAUAUGCAGCAAUUCGUGCAACAGGCGUUCAACCAAAUGUAGGCAUAACAUCAUCACCAUUACAACAAUUGGUUCGUGGUCAAGUUCUAACAACAUUACCGACGACACUCACUUCUGUAUUGACGCCAACGGUUUUGACAAGUGGAGCUCAACAGCAACAACAACAACAACACUCAAUUGGUCAACAGCAACAAUCUCGUCCAAGUUCAGGUGGUGGUGGUCGUGUAGCUCAAUUGGAUGGCCAUCAUGAUCAAACUAAUGAUUCGAGUGAUGAUUCCAAUGAUGAUGAUGAUCUUGAUGAUUAUCGUGACAAUGAUGAUGAUCUCGAUGGUGAUGAUGAUGAAAUGAAUGAUGAAGAGAAUGAAACUGGUGUGGAAGAGGAGCCAUUAAAUUCAGAAGAUGAUGUCAGUGAUGAAGAUCCAGUAGAACUUUUUGAAACUGACAAUGUCGUCGUUUGUCAAUAUGAUAAAGUCACCAGAACAAGGAAUAAGUGGAAAUUUUAUUUCAAAGAUGGUAUUAUGAAUCUGCAAGGCAAAGAUUAUGUCUUUUCACGAGCUUUAGGUGAUGCUGAGUGGUAAAUAUACAGACAAUGCAAAUGAUAUCAUCAUCGGAUGAGAUCCAUUUCUCAUUUUCAUCUCGUCACAUCAUUUUCAUCAUUCUCGUUGAGCGUGUCAUAAAACUCAUUUAUUUUUUUUUUUUGAUUUUCAUUGAAAAACACGGAUCGAUCGGAAAGGAUCGGUUCGAUAAAAAAAAUCGCAAAUUCAAAUUAAAAAUAUUUACCUUCAA